CAGCAAUGCUAAUUGGACAUUCCUUUGUUAGGCGCUUUAAGAAUUAUGAUUGCACAACUGAAGACAAACGCGUUAAAUGGAAUCUUGGGCUAGAACGCAUUCAUAUUAGAUAUGACGGUUUGGGCGGUAGAAAAGUAGGGACAAUAUUGAAUGAAACAUUGGAAAAUAAAUUAAAAAAUCCGCCAAACAUAGUCAUCUUACAAAUUGGAGGAAAUGAUAUCUCAAACGGAAAAAGACCCGAAACAGUUGCCUCCGAUAUAGAAAAUCUAGUUAUGAAAUUACACCAAGAAUAUCACGUCGAAUAUAUUUUAGUAUCUGAACUUAUACAAAGAAAAUCAGCUCCUUUAAAAUACAAUGAAAAUGUCAUGCUAUGCAAUCGUAUUCUGACAGCAUUAUUAGAGCACAUUCCAUUCGCAAAGCUGUGGCACCACAGAUGUAUUAGGAAUAGCCAAUUUAACCUCUACAUUGAAGACGGUGUCCAUUACAAUGAUCGCGGAAAUUAUAAACUCUAUCAUGGGCUCUACCACCCAAGCUACAAGCAAGCAUGCAUCUUCGGUGAAAGUCAACUUAAUUAAUAUACAAAACAUAAGCAUUGCUGGUAAGACCCAUUAUUGUAUUUUUCUACUCGUAGCAUGAUGGGGUAGUGCUAUAAAGAUUUAAUUGAAAAACAAAUUAUUGUAUUAGAAAGAUAUCUUUAUAUAUAUAUAUCACGCAAACAGGGUAAAGGUAAUGCAGCACUCAAUAUAUAUUUCUCGAGCUGCCGAAAGCUGGGUAACCAUUCCUUGUCUUAAUACAGUAGCCAUUUGAAUUAUAUCAUUGUUUGUGCAUCGCUCAGAAUCAGCUUCUGAGCAUUUAAUUGUGAGAUUUAAUCACAAGGCUCACUCGUCCCUUGGAUUGAAAUCAUAUCCAAACUACGGACAACAACUAUUACCUUUUUUUAACGGUCUCAAGGAUUGAAAUAAGUCUCCUUAAUUAAAGACUUUAGUGCCCUCUUAAAUAGUAUUACGUUCUAUUUGUUUGAGGGUUGAAAUCAUUAUCCUCAUACUUUAUCUCACGGAUUGAAAUUAGUAUCUGUCGAGACAAAAAUGGCGUUUAUAUGUUUGUUCGAGGAUUGAAAUUAUUAUCCUCAUACUUUAUCUCACAGAUUGAAAUUAGUAUCUGUCGAGACAAAAUGGCGUUUAUUUGUUUGUUCGAGGAUUGAAAUUAUUAUCCUCAUACUACAUCUCACUGAUUGAAAUUAGUAUCUGUUGAGACAAAAAAUGGCAUUUAAAUUGUUUGAUCGAGGAUUGAAAUUAUUAUCCUCAUACUUCAUCUCACGAAUUGAAAUUCGAAUCUGUUGAGACAAAAAA